AAAGAUGGCCCAGAUUUGAUGUUAAAGCUAUCAGGCAGAGUACUGCUGUGUAUUAGCACUUAGUCAAUAUGAUGCUAUUUGACCAGAUUUAACAGGUCACCAUUUGGGAGAUGUUACGCAGGGAAGAGUGGCAUAUGCAAGUCCUCUAUCAAGACAAUGUUACAAGGGGUUUAUAAGAAGAAACAGGAACCUUUCUUAAGCUGAAGACAAAGUAAAAGAAAACCGUAUCAUGUGUUAGAAUACUGAAGAGUGAAAUUUCUUGGAUUAGUAUAUUUCUGGAUUGCACAGCAAAAGAAAGAAGAGGCUGAAAAUGGGGAGGAAGAAAAUACAGAUCACAAGAAUAAUGGAUGAACGGAACAGACAGGUCACCUUUACAAAGAGGAAGUUUGGAUUAAUGAAGAAGGCGUAUGAGUUGAGUGUACUCUGUGACUGUGAAAUAGCACUCAUCAUUUUUAACAGCUCUAACAAACUCUUUCAGUAUGCCAGCACUGAUAUGGACAAAGUUCUACUUAAAUACACAGAAUACAACGAGCCCCAUGAAAGCAGAACCAACUCAGAUAUCGUUGAGACCUUAAGAAAGAAAGGCCUUAAUGGUUGUGAGAGCCCUGAUGCUGACGAUUACUUUGAGCACAGUCCACUAUCGGAGGACAGAUUCAGCAAACUAAAUGAAGAUAGUGAUUUUAUUUUCAAGCGAGGCCCUGCUCUGAACAAGAAGGAACACAGAGGGUGCGACAGCCCGGACCCUGACACUUCAUAUGUGCUCACGCCACAUACAGAAGAAAAAUAUAAAAAAAUUAAUGAAGAGUUUGAUAAUAUGAUGCGGAAUCAUAAAAUCGCACCUGGCUUGCCUGCUCAGAACUUCUCGAUGUCGGUUACAGUUCCAGUGUCCAAUCCCAACACGUUAACCUACAGUAACCCAGGGAGUUCCCUUGUAUCCCCAUCACUGGCUGCCAGUUCAUCGUUAACAGACACGACCAUGCUCUCUCCACCUCAGACCACCCUGCAUCGGAACGUAUCACCUGGGGCCCCUCAGAGACCACCAAGUACUGGCAAUGCAGGUGGUAUGCUGGGGACAACUGACCUCACAGUGCCAAAUGGAGCUGGUACCAGUCCAGUUGGAAAUGGGUUUGUGAAUUCUCGAGCUUCACCAAGUCUACUUGGAACUACUGGUGGUGGGAAUGGCUUAGGGAAAGUCAUGCCUACAAAGUCUCCACCUCCACCUGGAGGAGGUAAUCUUGGAAUGAACAAUCGCAAACCCGACCUCCGUGUUGUCAUACCACCCUCCAGCAAGGGUAUGAUGCCACCAUUGUCGGAGGAGGAUGAAUUGGAGUUGAAUACCCAAAGGAUAAGUAGUUCUCAGUCUACACAGCCUCUUGCUACCCCUGUGGUGUCUGUGACAACUCCAAGCUUGCCUCCACAGGGAUUGGUGUAUUCGGCCAUGCCUACAGCCUACAACACUGAUUACUCCUUGACUAGUGCAGACCUGUCUGCCUUGCAGGGAUUUAACUCCCCAGGAAUGCUGUCUUUAGGGCAGGUAUCUGCCUGGCAACAGCACCAUCUCGGUCCAGCAGCCCUCAGCUCUCUUGUUACUGGCAGCCAGCUAUCUCAGGGUUCGAAUUUAUCCAUUAAUACCAACCAAAACAUCAACAUAAAAUCUGAACCAAUUUCACCUCCCCGGGAUCGUGUAACUCCCUCUGGGUUCCCGCAACAGCAGCCGCAGCCGCAGCAGCAGCAGUCGCGGCAGGAAAUGGGUCGCUCUCCUGUCGACAGUCUCAGCAGCUCCAGCAGCUCCUACGAUGGCAGCGAUCGGGAAGACGCGAGAAGUGAUUUCCAUUCACCUGUCGUGCUGGGAAGGCCACCGAAUUCCGAAGAUAGAGAGAGUCCAUCGGUAAAACGAAUGAGGAUGGACACAUGGGUGACAUAAACUUGCAGUGUUGCCUCUUCAGUUUUGCGCUCUCAGAAUGAACUGUCCUGACAUAUCUAAAUUUAUAAAUAAGGACGUGAAAUAAGUCUAUUUAUAUGUAUAUACAUACAUGCAUAUAUAUAUCUCCACAUGCAUAUAUAUGUGCUAGUGUGUGUAGCAUACACAAAAUCAUCAGGCACUUACGACAAACUUCUUGUAUAGCUGCAGAUGUCCCAUGGUAAAAUGUAACAGAACAAUCCUAUAGGUAUUGAUCUAGUCUGGCACUUACCUGGACUUGUUGUUUUAAUAAUAUAACCUGUUUUGCAAAGAAACGUUGUACCCGCAUUAUAAUCCUACCACACUAGAUUGCAGAAACCAAGAGGGCUCGCCUGUAGUAAUGUCCCUGUGUGUUUUAUUCAAGCUGUAUGGUUACUCGUAGUUAAGAAAUAAUGCUUUGUAGCAGCAGAGCAGUAGAAAAGCAGGAAGAAGAAAGCAAUACUGUACAUAAAAUGACCUUUAUAUUACCCAACCUGGCAUGGGUCUCUAUUGCAGAGGGUGCAUGGAGAAGGGCUGAUGCUGUAAGAGAUAAAAAAAAAAAAAAAACAACAAAAAAACCCACAAAAACCCUGUUUUGCACGUGCAACAAAAAUAGUGUAUUGGGUCAAAGAAGUGAUUUUUUUAAUGAGUGAGAGAGAGACAUAGAGAACUCGCAUGAAAUAUUCAGAAAAUAUUAGCCUAGAAAAUAGAACAUUAACAAAAUAAAAUUAAUAUAUUAAGUUAUAAUUGGAAUAUGUUUGACAAAUUUGUUUUUACGUUCAUACCUUUGAAAAAUAUAGAAACGGAUUUUAGCUCAUGUAUAUUUUAUAUUAAAGAAAACAAUACCCUAAUGAAUUGAAGACUAUAUAUAAAGUUAUAUACAGUACUUUUGAACACAUUCUGCUAUGAAUUAUUUAUAUAAGCCAAAGCUGUAUGUUGUAGCUUUUUUGUAGAGUACAGUUUUAUCUUAUUUUGACUUUCUAGUUUUUGCUUUCAAAGAUGAAAAGGAAAAACUUGCAGGCGGAACCUUGGGGGAAAAAUAAGCCAUGAACACUUAUAUGUAAAUUUAAAUUUGAGCCAAACUCUUUGUGUAUAUAGCAUCCUAAAUAUAUUAUCACCUUUGGUGUAAGUACCUAUGUAUUGUACGUUCACCAGAUUAAAAAGUAUAUUUUUGUGGAUUGACGCCAACUUGAAAAAAGGCGAGGUCCUUAUUAAGUAGAGUAUUCACUGUUUAAUAUUUACUAUUUUGUUAAAUAUACUGUACUUUCUUUGGAUUUUAAUUAUUAUUAAUAUUAUUAUCCAGAUUUUUCAGAGGGUGUAUAAAGGGGUUGUCCCCCUCACUGGUGGUGAAUGUGUGCCGUUAAAUUGUAAUCUCUGUGCUGUAUGGUUAAGCUUCAUUAUACAUUUUAUAUAUAUGUAUAUAAAUAGCAAAGUGGCAAAAAAAAAUCCGGUGUUAAGUUCAUCCUGCAUAAAUAUAAAAAAUCUGUUACGACGCAUUUUAAGGCAUCAUUUUAAAACUGCCUCUUCCGAGGAGGGGGGGGAAAAAAAGAGUGGAAAAACUUGACCUAAUUUCUCAUGAUAGGGAAAUAACACAUAUCAGAUGAGCACAAAAGGUUUUUUAAGUCGGCAAGUGGUUUGGGAUAAAGCCUCAGAAAUAAAUUUGCUGUUCUUCUUUGCCGCUUCCAUGAAAUAGAGCGAGGAAUCCGGAGGCCCAUCGUGUCCCAACAGCUGGCUAGGAGAAGGCUUUGUUUCGUGCUUGGGUUGGGUAGCUCCAUCUCACUUGCACAGUCUGGCUGUGUCGUGACAAGGACAGCAAGGGCAGUGUCAUCUCUCCUCGUAACUUCUGGGUGACUAGAAGUAACUAGGUCGUCUUCUCCUGGUAACUUCAGACCAGUGGAGGGGGUAAAAGCCAGGUUUGAGCAGCAAAAAGGCUCGGGAGCCAAAAACUCAGUAUACCGGCUUAUACCAGCCCGGUUCGGUGGAGCCCAUUUCCCGUUAGGGAGCGUUCUUGCCUGGCCGAAAUCCGGUCUCCUUCCAGGGCCCUGCUAUGCCCCUCAUCUUUCUGCCCCUCUGAAGUGUUCGUUUGCACUGGGAACCAAAUUUAUUAGAUGCAAAUAAAUCUUACUGCUGGUAGUUCUGGUUCUGGGGAGGAAACUACAGUGCUGUCUUAGUAUCCAAACCCCUUUAAGUUAUCCCUGAUAUUUAUUAGAUUUUUGCCUGGGCUUUAACUUUUUAUUUUUUUGUAACUUAAAAAAUCACUUACUCGAUACUGUAAUGAGGAAGUGUGAGAAACGGAAAUCCACCGGGGACAGCUGUCUCCUCGGCUGCUUGCUUUAAUGGGCGAUUGAAGAACAAAGUCAGUAUGUACAGCUUCCGAAGCCGAUCUCUGGUCGUCAUGGUAACUUUAAAAAAUGUGCCGGUUUCAAUCCGUUUCAGCCACUUACCUUUGGAAAUUACUCUCCAUUUACUGUAGUUAGUUACCGGUUUACCGAAGCGUAGAGGAAGAUGAGACUCAUUCUAAUGGUGACCGAAUUCACUUACCGCUUCAGAGAACCUUUUAAUGCUCUGAGAAGUUACGUGAUUUUUUUCAUUAUUUAUGCACAUAGAUGAACUUUGCUGUACAUCUGAGUGGGAGUUCUGCAUUCACAUUUACUGUCUAUUUUCUUGUGUGCCUUAUAAGAUGGCUUUGCUGACUGUAUCUCAAUAGUCUUUAUUUCUAUGCAGGUUUUUAAACAGUGCUAUUACUGUUUUCUUAAAGAAAAAAGCUACAUAAGGGUUAGAGUUUGUAUUGAAAUUGCACCAAUGAAUUAAAAAAAAAAUAAAAACGUCACCGGUUCUUAAGAACGGCUAACGGGAGUGGUCACAUGUUGCCCCAAGCCCUCCACCAGACUCAGCAGAACAAGGCUUUUCACAGACCUCCCGCCUCAGGGGGAGAAUCUCAUGCCGUUGAAUAAAUGGGAAAUCCUGAUUUUUAAUAACAAGUAACUAACUUUGGAACAUACUUUUUUAGGAAUUGUAAAAAUGUUUUAUAAAAAAGAAAAGACGACAUAGCACAGAUAUUUCAACAGGUAAAAAAAUACUUUUUUUAAUUAACUGUACGAACGAAGUUGCAAGUGGAUCCAAUCCUAGUCUGAACCCGUUCAAGUCUGAAUGAUUUAAGGUUUUUAUCUGCUGUUGUGACAAAUCACCUCUCCAUCUCUGAGCUCUCGCUAGAGUGUUUAAAAAUACCUGUUAUCAGGGCUUCGUCAGAGAAAAAUGCUUUAGCCUUUCCUUUCACUUAAAGGACACUAAUGCAUCAGAAACUUGCGAAUUACUGUGCGCACAAGAAAUACAUAGUAAAUAAGGAAGAAAAUAACUCCUAACAAUUGAUCAUGGGAAGAAGUUAAAUCAGAAUGUGAAAGAAAGACUUAACAAAUGUAAACAUUUAAAUCUUAGUAGAAACUUUCUUCACUUUGCUGUGCAAGAGAACACUGCUUUGCUAUAUUUAAAAUGGCUUUUUUAAAAGAGAUUUAUGUAUUUGGUAAAUGUUUGUAGUCAACAGUUCACAAAGAAGCUGUUCACGGUUUAAUGAUGAUAAGCCGUUUGGCGGCACAAGCUGGACUUUGUUGCCAUCCUUGAGACGAAUCUUUUAAGAAAAAAAUAAGUUAAUCUCAAUUUUUUUCCCUGAAUGUGUUGUUUUUUCUUCAAUAUACAAUAAAUAUUCUAGUGAACUUUUUAUCAAAUGGUUAAGAAAAUGCUAGAGGUUGUUGUAAAAUAUUUGUAUCCUGCAUUCACUAAAGUAAAGAUACUGGCUUUUACUGUGUA